AUUCCUAAUACAGUUUCUCUUCAAGAUGGCGGCUGCCGGAGGGAGUCAUCUGACUGCUGGCAGAGUGAAUGUUGGAUUACUUAGAGAAUGUGCGAGAAGGGAGCUUCUUCAGUGCUUGAAUAAACAACCUGGAUCGAAGGUAACCUAUCAAUGUUGAUUAGCAAAUUUCUUUUGAAGCGCAGCGUCCAUUUUAUACCGGGUCUGGAAGGGGUUUCGCGUGACACUCUAAAUUCGAGAUUGCUCCGAAUCUCUCAAUUUAAGAAAAAGUUUUCUUAUUUUACGAGAAAAAUUUAAAACAAAUCGUGGGAUAAGAACUCUUUUUCCCUUAAUGUAAACAGGCAGUUUGAAUUUAAGAGCGCAAAAUCAUAUUUUAAUCCUAACUCCUCAUCUCUCCUUCCUACCCCUCCCCCUUUAGUGUUUUCCUUGGCUUUUCAAGCUGGCGACCGCAAUCAAUGUACCGCUGCGUUUCCGUUAAAAAACGGCUGCUCUGGAGGCUAAGCCUUGGCUAAAUCUAUUUAGUAUAUACUAAAACAGUGGAUAGUGUUUUUUGCGGGCUCUGAUUGGCUACUCAAUCAGUGAAUAUCCUGCACUAUUCACUGAUUCACCUCCAGUUCCUCCAAGCGAGCAACACCAAACUCAUGCAAGUUGUGAGCAAAAUGCCUUUCCGGUUUGCUGUUGUAACAAACAAAGAAAUUUCACAACUAAUCAAGCAGGCUGUUCCCGAAAUACACGAAGGAGGUGACGAACUUCAGUUUCGAAGUUUUAACAUUUAGAGCUUUGUCUUUUUUACUCGAAUUUAUCGAUAAAACCGGUGAAAAAGUUUUUUAUUUACAAAUGCAAAUUAAGCUUAAGUCUUGCGUUAUUUUAUGUAGUUGACUUGUUCAUAGAUAAGCUUAAAUAAUCUUUUACAGAAUGAAUGUUUAGCAAGAGCUAAACAAAUGCCUUCAAAAGUUGUAUUUGUCAGCAAGAAAAAGCGGUGGCUGCGGCCGCUCAGUCAUUACGCACCAAAAUAAUUAUUGUAAUCGUUGGCAACAGUAUUUGAGUUAAAAAUCCUCAUUUUUGUGCUAAAUUAUCUCACUGUUGUAGCAUAUACUGAAACAAAUUAUUAUUCACCUCAGUGCCGGUGGCUAGUGGUGGUGUAGGUGAAUUUUCCUAGAGUUGAUUUCUUGAGGACUGCACUCAAGUUUAGAGAGAGAAAAAGAGAUUCAUCGUCGCUUGUUUACGUCCUCCAUAAAACUUGCAAUUAGGCAUUUUCACAUCGUAGUCGUUCAAGGACGGUAAAGAAAUGUACAAGAAAGGGUGAUGCACGUGCAAAGUUUUUUUUUUUUGCAUAAUAAACCUAUUGCUUUUUUGACGUCCUCCUUGCCGUCGCGGUUGUCGUUGCUAAAGCUCCCUGUUUUGGCCUGUUGGGAGGGCACUUCUUUGUAAUUGGGGGAGGGUGCUUAUUCAAGGAAAUAAUAAUACAGUAUAUGAUAGAUAUUUUAGGAUAGAUAUACUCUAUUUUUUUGUCAAUGAUUGUAUACUGAAACGCAAUGACACGUUUGUUGUUUUGUAACAGGCUCUUGUCUGGGAUGAUAAACUCACUGGACCAUUUGGAUUGAUCGCUGAAUAUAAGUUGCUGAAGGUACAGAUACUUGGUCUUCCUUAACUCAAAACUGCCAUUUUUUAUUACUCAAACGAUACAUUUUGGGGACACUUUUCAGACAAAUAGGAUGAUGCAAAACAAUUCCUGUGCCACAGAGGUCCAAAACAAUAAAUAAGUUGGUUUAUAUUACAACAUUUUUACCGUUACAUGUUUUUCCCUUGGUUCUUUUAAAGCUCAGCACAGGUAAAAAUUUGAGCACAGUAAGUUAUACAAUACCAUCAUGCCAUAACAACAUGAUUUUGCAAAAUGCUGACAUGAAUUUGAAAAUUAAUUUUGACCAACUUAUACCUGAAAUUGUUUUUUUGUACCUUUCACGUUAAUAGGCCCUUUUAGAGUUGUGUGCUCUCUGCCUUGGCAUUUGAAUAGAAGCGAGGCUGGCGGUAACCUUGUUUUGUUACAAACCUUCUUGCUUUUCAUGUGCAAAUCGUGGUAUUCUUAUGCUAACAACCCUGUGAACAUGAUCAUUUACUUAUGAAAAACAAGAAGGUUUGUAGCAAGACAAGGUCACUGCCAGCCUUGCUUCUAUCAAAGGCGAGAGCACUGAGCACACAACCGUAAAAUGGUCUACUGGUUGCAAUGUUCACCAGUCACUUUCAACUGUGAAAUGAACAAACCUCUUUUGAGUUUAGUCAUUGUAAAGGAAAUAGAAACAACUUGGCUUGAAUAUAUAAAGGGCAAAAUUUCGAACUUUUAGAGAAGGUAUAAAAAACUUUUUGAUGGAACUUUACUUUCUUUUUCUUUAUACUUGUAAAAAUACUUACUUUUCAACAGCAACACCAUGGGAUGUCCUCCACAGAUGCAGAGUAAUAGUAAUACCCUGAGUGACAAGCUAAAUAAUAAUAAAUAAUGAUUGUUAUUAUUAUUGUAGCUUGUGAAAGGUUUGAACGCACGAGUCAUUUCAUAAGUAAGUUGAACAUGAUUGUCUGGGUGAGCGUAGUCCUGAGUAGGAUUGUCGUUGACAGUGACUGACAUUUCGAUAACAUGUGCAGUAGUCAUUGUCAGAGUCAAAGUGAGUUUUAUCACAUCAGUUGAUUGACCAAUCAGGUCAAUAACCAGAGUUUAGCACCAUCAACUGACGGAAGACAACACACUUUGACUGGGAAGAUAACUACAGCACAGGUUAGUAACAAAUACGUCUAUUUCACUAUCUUGCAGGUAAAACAUACUGAAUGAACAAGUGAUGUGUAUACAAUCUAAAAAAUACAACAUAACUAAGCCAGAAGUAUACAAUUGUACCAGUAAUCAUGUUUAAGAAUAUCUAAAUUUAAAAAAUUUGUUGGCUCUCUUAGUUCUUUCUUAGUUCUUCUUUAGGUUUUCAAAAUGCCAGACACUGUCUACAACUUUCUUAUUCAGGACUACGCACACCCGGACGAUAAUACUCCACCUACUUCUUAUUGUAACUUGUUAACUUUUUUUCCUGUAAAUCUUAGGAACAUGAGGUUGAAGUUAUGUUUCCCCUUCGUCCUGGUCGGCUUCCUCCAUCUCAAGUCCAUAAUGUUAUUUUUAUUACAAGACCUAGACCAUCACUGAUGGAUAUUAUUGCUGAGAAUGUCCUCAGGUAAGACUUGCAUUUACUUGCAAGUAAUCCUUCUGCUACAUGCCUUUCUGAUAAACAUAUUAUUAUUGAAGCUGUUGAAAUAUUAUUUGCGAUAGUUAAAUUUAACCUCAUUUUUGAAUGUUUUUUGCUUGACAAGUAACAUAAUUAUUGCUGUUACACUGGUUGUGAAAAUUUUACAUGGUCUCUUUAAAAAUCCAAGAUUUUUAAAUAUGUAAAAUUUUACUACUGUGCUGCAAUCGCAUGUGUGUGAGCUUCUCUUUGUUUUAAACUAGUAAUUACUAAAGGUUAUGGAGUGCGGGCGACAAUGAUCGAAGGUCAAAACGCUUUUGCUCCAUCAUUGUGCUUUGCGGAAGUUUCACGUGACUCUUGUCAAAACACGUGUGAUCAGAUUACGAGUGAUAGGAAGUCCAAAUGCGCAUGAUCAAAUUGUGUUCUGUGCAUUCCAUUCACUCUCAGUGGAAGUCCAAACAAAUGCUUGCUACAUAUAUGUGGCGCAUGCGUAAUAAAAACCUGAAGAUUGCCCGCAAAAACAGUAAUAAUGAUUAUUAUUGUUUUUGUAAAAUCCUGUCUUGUGCAUGUACAAAAUGUUUGUUAACAACCGCUCCCUAUUAAAACUUUUGAGGGCAGAUUUUCUCUUGACUGAUAGCACCCUUUUUUGGAUAUUCUGUAGAACCCCAGUAACUCAAAUUCUGAGGUAAACGAAAAACAGUUUGAGGUAGUGCGGGUUCGAGCUACGGGGCUCGAUUGCAAAAUUCAAAUUUCAGUGAUAAAAAUUAACUUAUUUUAUCAGAAACGGUAACAUGAUUAUGCAUUUUUAUGAUACAUUGUGAUCUGUUCGUUACACCAAUUAAAAUCAAAUUGCUGUAAGUGUUAACCAGUGUUAGAUUUAGUGUUUUUACUGAUUUAAUAUACAAAAAGAAGAGCUACAUGUAAUGGUGGCAUCUGAGUACAGUUACAAGAACAAGAAUUUGAGUUAUCGGGAUAAUUUUCUGUGACUUUUUGAUCAAGGGAACGGAAAUUUAAUUUGAGUUAGCAGGAAAUUCAAGUUAUCCGAGUUCAAGUUAACCAAGUAAAAAUGACUGAAAAGUGGGGUGAAAUCCAAGGGAAAUUGGACUUAGUUUGAGUUAGCAGUGAUUUCGAGUUAUCGGAGUCCUCCUGUAACUUGAUAAUUUUCUUCUUGCAUAGGUUUUUGUCUUACAAUCAGAGAUGCCAACCUCUUCAGAUUAGAAAUCUGCAGACUUUUUCUUCAUGUUAACUAUUGCUUUCCUACCUCCUUCAUCAACCACUCCCAUGUCUGGGAUAAUCUUACCCACUCUGAUGGAAAGUCACACACAAUUUGACCCAGACACAAAUUUAUUUUUAUGGUGGGCUUAAAUUGAUUGCCGUUUGCCAAUUUUUAUUUAGAACUGAAGACUGAAAGACUGAAAGAGUUGGCAUAUAUGAUAUCUGUUUUUAAAGUUUCCUUCAUGUGAAAAACCAUAUUAUCAACAUUACAGAGGGUGAAAGAACCCUGCCUCUGGAGGAGUUACAAGCCUGUACAAAAUUAUGGUUAUUUCUGAAUAUUUUUCAAUAACUUAUAAAAACAAAAAUAAAGAGAGUUUAAUGGAAAUAUCCUUUUAGUUUUACGAUUAACUCAUAUUGUUUUGUUUCAAAUCCUUUUUAUUCUCAGUGAGGAAGGGAGGGAAAGCAAGAAAAAGGAGUUCACUAUUCUGUUUGUUCCAAGAAAAACAUUGCUAUGUGAACGAAAACUCGUAGUAAGUUUGUGUGAUUAUGUGCAUGUUUAUAUUGAUGGAAUUUGUUACUUUCACAUCACUGGCUGCUCAACUUGAUAAUAAUUUGUAUUUCUUUACAGGAGCUCAAUGUGUCUUUCAUUAAUGUUGACGAAUAUCCCUUGGAAUUAAUACCUCUUGACAGUGAUGUUUUGUCACUUGAAAUGGAAUCAAGCUUCAAGGUACAUGAUUGAUAGUUGUUAUCUAACCUGUAUUGGGUUGAUGUAGCAAUAAAGAUGCAAUGCUUUGACAGUGGUCGCACAUAUCUACUUAAAAUGGCUGAAGAGAAUUUUUUUUGCAAAUUAUUUCUGAGUUACAAUACUAGCAGUUCUAUGUUGCCAAUAAGUGUCCUGGGAGAACGGAGACCAGGUAUUGCAUCAAGAUGGAGAAAGGUUUAAAAAGAGAAAUAUGCUAAACCACAUGUUUGGCCCAAAAAUGGUCAUUGUCCUCUAUGGAAGGUUUCACUAUAAUGCUAAAAAUGACUGGGAAAAUUUUGGUACCUUGCAUUGUUGCUUACAUGUGAGAGGGGUAGUUGUGCAUGGAAGUUUGAUUGUAUUGUGUUUAAAAUGUAAUCACCAUGUAGGUAUGUUGACAGAGUGCAACUUAUCUUGCUUAAGCCCUUAUUUGUAAAUGGUUGUACCUGUAGUAUUCUAUGCCUCAUCGAUCUCAUUUUAGCCUCAGUGGCCCUUUCUCCAUGUGCCCUCCCUCCCCUCUCCUCUUUUGAUGCCUGCCGUGCAGGCUAAUUAAUCUCGAGUAAGUAGAAAUUAUCUUGAUUUUUGCAUGUGCACAUGAAGGGAUUUGACAGAAUCCAUCAGGAAAUUGGGUAAUUUUAAUUUUCAGUAGACAAAAACCUCGUACCAGAAUAAUUUAAUCCAUAUUACAUUUUUUUUUUCAGGCUUUUCUGGUACAGGGUUUUUGUUCACUGAAAAUUUAAAUUACUUAAUUUCCUCAAGGAUUCCGUCUUACACAGCAACUGAUCAUUUAUGAGUUAUCACUAUCGUGCAUAUAUGUGGAUUGUUUGUCGUUAUUUUUUGUGUGAAUUGUAGGAGUGCUAUUUGGAAGAUGACUACACUUCAUUGUUCUAUAUUGCUAACUCAUUAAUGACCCUUCAAACAUUGUAUGGCACCAUUCCCAAGAUUUUUGCCAAAGGAGAAAUGUCAAAGGUGGGUACUAGAUUACACUGGUUGAAAAGAGACAGUGGACGAAUAGAUAGUGCUUUAACGCUUUAAGCUCCAAUAUCCACAUACAAAUUCUCCAAACUGAUCUCCAUACAUUUCCUUAAAGAAUUAGUUGAGAGAAUUUGAUGAUAGAUCAAGGCAUUUUCUCUUGGGUGAUCAUUUUAUUACUUCUCAUAACUUAUUUCUUGACAGUGUAUGGAUAUUGUUAGGAGAAAAUUGAUCUUGGUCACUAUUGGGAAUUAAAGAGUAAAAUGGUAACGUUUGAAUCUAUUUGCGGCGGGUACUUUACUGUAACCUUUCUCCUCUAGACCAACUAACUGUGAGACAAUUUGUCUCUUGAACUUUUUAAACGGUGGAUGAAAUCCUGUGGUGUUACCAUUCAAAUGAAAACCUCUUUGGAGAACUUUUGGAUACAGCUAUUAGAAUCUUAAGAUAUUACAAAAGUAAAUUUGGAUUUUUUAAUUUCCGCUUUAUCUACUAUAACUGAAGAGUGAAAGGGUUUAAAGUACAUUGAAAUUAUGCAUCUUUGUAAUUUAACAUUUUUUCGUUUCGCCAUGGGUUCUUUUAAACUGAAAUCUGUUUGUGAAAAGCUUGGAAGAACGCCUAGACCAAAUUUUGCUCAGCAUUCUCAGGCGCGGAUCCACACCGGUUUCCACUGUUUUAUGUCAAAGAUGACACCGCUUUAAGUUACUAUUUCGUUUUCAUGUGGACGGGUAAAAGCGAUUAAAAAACGCCACGCGUGGAAGCGACCUUUUUCGAAAAAGGAAGAAAAAAUCUCCAUUUUCACACAGAAACGGAUAUGUGUUGACAGGGGUUACAUGUCAAACGUCCUUUGAACCUGUCUGGUCAUUUUUUCUACAAAUCAGCUAAUGAGGAAGUGUUUAUCAUUAACGGGCUGACAGAUGAAGAAAAAUUUGAAUCGCUGUCCUAACACACCAUCGACCCAAUCUCACAAUCAACUUCAAAUGGGAGUCUGGUUUAAAGCAUUGCUUAUUUCCGUUCUUUUUCUGGAAAUAUCUAGGCAAAUUUCAUUCAAUCAAAAAAUGACUGUUAGAUUCUGAUUGGAGUCCUUGGUUCAAUAAUUUGGAGAAUUUUUGCACGAUAUUUUUCGAAAGUUUUAAUCGUUUAAAAAUUGGGGGUAUUAAAAUUUUUGGAAAAUUGGAAAAUAUUAGAUUUAGGGGUUAUUAAAAGUUAAAACACAAAGUGAAUAAUUCCUAGUCAAAUACCAGAUAGCUCACCACCACAACAGGUGCCUCUGAUCGCAUUGGGGGACUAACUGGUUUAUGUGUAUACCUUUUCUACCCUAAUUUAUUUCCUUCCCAAAUCAACAUCAUUCCCCCCAAACACAACCAGAAUGCCCCCAAAAAUCCUUUCUAAUGUCAUGCCAUUCUCUGAAUCUUAACAGCGCAUCUUGGAUAUGAUGAUACGCAAGAAACGAGAAGCAGCGGAUUCGGAAAAUCAAGUGUCGCCGCAGAUAGACUCGCUUCUGUUGAUCGACCGUGAAGUGGACUUGUUAACUCCUUUAUUCACUCAGCUCACAUAUGAAGGACUGAUUGACGAGUUAUAUGGAAUACAAAACAGUAAGUCUGAUUACGUGCAAGAAACGUCAAAGUUUUGCCCUACAAAUAGUCAGCAUACAAAGGAGUGAUAGAACCCAUGUGAGGCUGACCACUAUCAAAAAGAAUUUCGACACAUGAAUACAAAUUCAUUAAGGGAGUAAGAGAGUAAAGGAUUUCCCGCCUUCAAGAGAUUAUCGAGUAGACAAAAAGUCCCUUUAAUAAUUGCUAUACUUGAGGCACCACGAGUUCACAGGUGGUAACGAUUUCCAGGUAUCAACAGUCUUGUUAAAAAAAGACUACGUAAAAAGUAUCAGCCCCAGCAAAAUCCCUCCAAAAUGCAAAUUCAUCCCUAUCAGUCAGAGAGCUACUUUUUUAGAAUGUUUAAUAAUGAUAUGUCUGUAAUUGUAACUACUGUACUUUCUAGCAACCGCCAAGUUUCCACAGGACAGAUUUCCUCAAAAUGAAGAGAAGGGUCCAGGUGGAGUACAACAGCCACAGCAACCAGCGGGACCAAAGAAAGUUGUCCUGAACUCAAGUGAUGAAUUAUUUGACGACAUCCGCGACUUAAACUUCUCUGCAGUGGGAAUUCACCUAAGUAGGAGAGCCAAGCAAAUAAGUGCUGCGUUUGAGGUCAGAAUCCUAAUGUAUCACUACUGUUAUUACGCACGUAUUAAGUUCCUAAACAGGGAGGAGUCCUCGAAAGAAAACUGGGGAAGAGUAAAAUUGUAGAUAUCUCCAGCUUUAUUUGGAAAUCCAGCAAUCAACCGCAAGAAAAGAGCAAGUGGAAUGUUUGACUGCUAACUGUUAUGAGCCUUCCGCACCUGUUCGAUCAUAUGUUAGACUUAAGCUUCCAAACAUCCUAAUGACCUCCAAGUAUCCAUACUUUUGUAUCAUAAUUAAGGGUUUUCCUUCCUCUUCGAUCUUGUAUUAAACUAAAUUUUGAAAGUGAAGGAACUUAAUGGGCAAAAAAGAAUGCAUAGGAGCUGCGGUGUCAUAAUAAUAUUCUCAACUCUCCCCUAGUAAGACAGAUGCCAUUCUUUUUAGGGUAGACCCUUUCUGAAGCUUUCAGCCUGAUCUAAGAUACGUUUGCUGUUUCAAAAGCAUUUCUUACGAUCAAAGAAGAAAUCACGGUAAUGAGGAAAACCUGUUAGUUGCGAAAACAAAAGCAUUUCUUACGACAGAAAUUCCAAACUGAUGACGUAAAAUCUGUCCGAAAUCCGGGAAGAAGCACUGAUUGGUGGACGGAGUAGUUACAUUGUUUUAGCUAUUGUUUACGAACGACGGACAAAAGACAAAAGGGCACAAAGGUCAAAUGUAAACGCGAAGAAUCUCUAACAAAACAGGCAAUAUUUCUGGAAUAUAGUCUUCUCUAGAAGAAGCGUUUCAGUUUUGCUGGAGCUCGUUGGCAGAUGAACACAACACUUCACUAAAAUCAACCAGAAGACAUGCAAAAUUGGACAAAUUUAUAUUUGGAACCCCAUGACUACCGGAUUCAUUAUGUAAACAUUGAUUUACGUCAUCAGUAUGGAAUUUCUGUUGCUGAGUCACAGACGUUCCUCCGCGCGAAACGUCCCCAGCGGCGAAGAAGAAAACGGAAGAAAUGGAUGUUUUCGCAGGCUAAAAACCUGUGUGAGCAUCUUCUUUCACAUGCCGCUCGCAUGUGACUUCUCGCCAAGAAAGAAAAAAAAAAGCUUCAUGUUGCUGGAAAGCACAGUUGUUAGAAUAAAAUUAUAGACAUAUGGCGUAUGGCUUCUCGCAGAUGGAGAGGUUGCUUAGGCUAGGAUGAGGUCUUGUUAGAGGUUAUUGACUAUAACGUGAAAGGCAAACAUGCAAACUAGCACUGGUGUUUCACAAUUUUGUCACUAGUUUUUCUCCUCUUUUUCAAGUAUUUGAAUAUCAAUAAGUUUCCACGUGGCCAAAUUUUCUCUUUCUUUCACUUGAUCUUCAGUUCUGUUUGAUAUGCUAUAUAUUUUUCUUUUACAGGAACACAAGAGUGCUAAAACAGUUGGUGAAAUGAAGCAGUAUGUUCAAAGGAUUCCAUUCAUGCAAAGAGCAAAAUCGUCUCUUGCCACACGUAAGGAGUUCAAGAGGAUGACGCUCGCUUUUCUGUUUAUCUCUUUCACUUCUAGGGACACUCCAUUUUUAUCAAAGCACUACAUCACAUAUUUUGAAGACCAUUCAUAUUCAGUGAAAUCUCAAAGAAAAAGAACAAAAACAUCUGCAUCUGAUUUUGUAUUAUUGCAAUGAAUGGCACAGCUUUUUCCUCCUUUUAGUUGUGUAGUUUGAAUUAGUAGCGACGAUUUCCCUGUGCAAGCUAGAAGGUUUAAACUGCGUAAAUUGCAUAACUGAAAGACUAGUUUUACGUCCCGGCAGUAUGCGAAAGCUGCCGGAAAAAGAGUCCAUCAUUCCCCCUUUAAGGGUGGGUUUCCACUUUUGCGUAAUUUUUAUGUGCCUUCGCAUAAAUGAAAUAGAGGCAAUGUUUAAAAACCGGGCGUAAAUGUGAAAGUUGGGCGAGGUUCAACUUUUACGUGUACGCGUGACCUUCCAUACAUUGUCUCUAUUUUAUUUAUGUGCGUACGCACGUGAAAAUUACUUGACGUGACGGUGGAAAUCCACCUUAAGUCUCGCCUUGAACGACUAGUUCGCCUUGAAAUACUUUUAUGCUUACUUGAAGCAUUUUUUUUUUCAGUUCUGUUCGCACAUUUGAUUAUAUCUAUAUAGAUACUUGCGCGUUAUAAAUUUUUUAAUUGUUGUUACAUGUAUAUUAUUAUUGCUCGUUCCCUCUACCUUCCACACCAUAAAUACUGAUGAGGGUAAAUAAAGGAAUUGUUUAUUCAUUUUAUUCACUAUCUGUUUCAGAUACGACGAUAGCUGAGAUGAUAAAAGAAGAAACUGACGCUGAAGAGUUCAGAGAACGAAUUCAAGUUGAACAAGGUGGUUUCAUUGUUUUCUAUCAUCUCAGUGAGACAAAGUCCUGACUGAAAGGGACGAUAGUAACCGCUUCUCUCUUUGUCGAUGCUGUUGUCGAUCUAUAACUACUCUCUACCGUGUAAAUAUGUGAUGAUGAUUAUUGUAGUAAUAUAGCUAAGACUUUUACGUCUCUGGACGAAAGCCUUAAGUAUGACCAUUCAGACUUCAAGCUCCAUUUGCUUCAACCAAUCAGAAGCACUACCUAGAUAGUGCGUCAUCAGUAUGGAAUUUCUGCGUUCGUUUCUCAGACGUUAUUUUGUGGGGAAACCAGUGGUGGAGUCGCGAAAGUCGGCUGUUUUCUCAGGCCAUGUGGAUGUAAGUGUAGCUAACCAGUACUUUAAGAUGGAUAAAUCGGUGAAUUACAGCUAAAAAGACAGACAGACAGACUGACUGACUAAGGGGCCAUUUUACCUCCCAAGAGAAACUGAAGACAAUGCUUAUGCAAAAUUUUGGGGUGACCAACAAAUAGCAUUAUGGUAUGUUAUGGUAUUUCUGGAGUGAUCAAUUUUGAUUUUGUAUUUAAUAGAAACUGUCUCUGGUUUUUCUUUAUCUCUAGAACUGGCUCAAGGCCUUGAUACAGACAAAAUCAACCCUUAUAUCGAAAAGUGUUUUGGAAUAAAGAAAGAUCUUAUAACGGUGAGAAAAUAGACAUUUCUUCACUACAUCUCUUCAACAUUUACGACACUUAGGCGUUUACUUUUGCUAACGCUUGCGUGUUUUGUUUGUUUGUUUGUCUGUUUGUUUUUUUUGCAGGUUCUCCGUCUACUGUGUAUUCAGUGUUUAACCAAUAAUGGGUUCAAGCCUAAGAUGCUAGAGUUCUACUUCCGUGAAAUUCUUCAAGUAGGUGUUGUUAUCAUGUGCUAAAUGCAACAAACUGAACAAAGACCAAACAUAUCAAUAUUACUUUGCGAUUUUUCAGACAUAUGGCUUUGAGCACGUGUACAGGACACUUUCUCCGCUGGAAAAUGCUGGCCUUCUGAGACCGCAGACCGCACGGUCCUAUAAUAUCUUACGCAAGUCACUAAAGCUUGUAGUGGAAGACGUACAGGAACAGGUAAAAAGAAAAUGAUGCAUUGCGCAUGUCAGAUAGGUAGAUAGUCAUCGUCAUAAAUAUAGUAAACCCCUGCAACUAAGAACCUGCUUUUUAAGAACCUGUUAGUCUAAAAUUUGCUCGUUAGGUGCCCUCUGUGUAAGAACUUGUUUAGGUUAUGAGUCUCCCAGGUGGGGGAACAUAAAUUACUAGGGAUACGUGUUUCCCAGAAGGGGAAACACAUAUCACUAGGGAUAUGUGUUCGCCAGGUACGAGAACACAUAUCACUAGGGAUAUGUGUUCCCGGCUGGGAAAAAACAUCUUACAAGGGAUAUCAGUUUUCCAGGUCGAGGAACACAAAUCACUAAGGGUAUGUGUUUCCCAGGUAGAGGAACACAUAUCACUAGGGAUACAUGUUUCCCAGGUAAGGAAACAUAUCACUAGGGAAAUGUGUUUGCCAGGUAGGGGAACACAUAUUACUAGGCAUAUGUGUUUCCCAGGUAGGGGAACAUAUAUUACUAGGGAUUCGUGUUUCUCAAGUGGGGGAACACAUAUCACUAGGGAUAUGUGUUUCCCAGGUAGGGGAACACAUAUCACUAGGGAUAUCUGUUUCCCACGUAGGGGAACAUAUAUUACUAGGAAUUCGUGUUUCCCAAGUGGGGGAACACAUAUCACUAAGGCUAUGUGUUUCCCAGGUGGGGGAACACAUAUCACUACGGAUAUGUGUUUCCCAGGAAGGGCAACACAUAUCACUAGGGGUAUGUCUUUCCCACGUGGGGGAACACAUAUCACUAGGGAUAUGUGUUUCCCAGGUAGGGGAACACAUAUCACUAGGGAUAUGUGUUUGCCAGGUGGGGGAACGCAUAUCACUAGGGCUAUGUGUUUCCCAGGUAGGGGAACACACAGGCAUAUCACUAGGGCUAUCUGUUUCCCAGGUGGGGGAACACAUAUGGGAUAUGUGUUUCCCAGGUGGGGGAACACAUAUCACUAGGGAUAUGUGUUUCCCAGGUAGCGGAACACAUAUCACUAGGGCUAUGUGUUUCCCAGAUGGGGGAACACAUAUCACUAGGGAUAUGUGUUUCCCAGGUGGGGGAACACAUAUCACUAGGGAUAUGUGUUUCCCAGGUGGGGGAAUACAUAUCACUAGGGAUAUGUGUUUCCCAGGUAGGGGAACACAUAUCACUAGGGAUAUGUGUUUCCAAGGUGGGGGAACACAUAUCACUAGGGAUAUGUGUUUCCCAGGUGGGGGAACACAUAUCACUAGGGAUAUGUGUUUCCCAGGUGGGGGAACACAUAUCACUAGGGAUAUGUGUUUCCCAGGUAGGGGAACACAUAUCACUAGGGAUAUGUGUUUCCCAGGUAGGGGAACACAUAUCACUAGGGAUAUGUGUUUCCCAGGUGGGGGAACACAUAUCACUAGGGAUAUGUGUUUCCCAGGUAGGGGAACACAUAUCACUAGGGAUAUGUGUUUCCCAGGUGGGGGAACACAUAUCACUAGGGAUAUGUGUUUCCCAGGUAGGGGAACACAUAUCACUAGGGAUAUGUGUUUCCCAGGUAGGUGAACACAUAUCACUAGGGCUAUGUGUUUCCCAGGUGGGGGAACAAAAUCAAUAGGGAUAUGUGUUUCCCAGGUACGGGAACACAUAUCGCUAGGGCUAUGUGUUUCCCAGGUGGGGGAACAUAUCACUAGGGAUAUGUGUUUCCCAGGUGGGGGAACACAUAUCACUAGGGAUAUGUGUUUCCCAGGUGGGGGAACACAUAUCACUAGGGAUACGUGAUUCCCAGGUAGGGGAACACAUAUCACUAGGGCUAUGUGUUUCCCAGAUGGGGGAACACAUAUCACUAGCGAUAUGUGUUUCCCAGGUAAGGGAAUGCAUGUCACUAGGGCUAUGUGUUUCCCAGGUGGGGAACACAUAUCACUAGGGAUAUGUGUUUCCCAGGUGGGGGAACACAUAUCACUAGGGCUAUGUGUUUCCCAGCUGGGGGAACACAUAUCACUAGGGAUACAUGUUUCCCAGGUAGGGGAACACAUAUCACUAGGGAUAUGUGUUUCCCAGGUGGGGGAACACAUAUCACUAGAGAUAUGUGUUUCCCAGGUGGGGGAACACAUAUCACUAGGGAUAUGUGUUUCCCAGGUGGGGGAACACAUAUUACUAGGGAUAUGUGUUUCCCAGGUAGGGGAACACAUAUCACUAGGGCUACUUUUUUCCCAUGUGGGGGAACACAUAUCACUAGGGCUAUGUGUUUCCCAGAUGGGUGAUCACAUAUUACUAGCGAUAUGUGUUUUCCAGGUAAGGGAACACAUAUCACUAGGGCUAUGUUUUUCCCAGAUGGGGGAACACAUAUCACUAGGGAUAUGUGUUUCCCAGGUAGGGUAACACAUAUCACUAGGGCUAUGUGUUUCCCAGGUCGGAGAACACAUAUUACUAGGGAUAUGUGUUUCCCAGAUGGGGGAACACAUAUCACUGAGGAUAUGUGUUUUCCAGGGAUAUGUGUUUGCCAGUUAGGGGAACACAUAUUACUAGGGCUAUGUGUUUCCCAGGUGGGGGAACACAUAUCACUAGGGAUAUGUGUUUCCGAGGUGGGGGAACGCAUAUCACUUGGGAUAUGUGUUUCCUAGGUAGGGGACACAUAUCACUAGGGAUAUGUGUUUACUAGGUGGGUUAACACAUAUCACUAGGGAUGUGUGUUUCCCAGGUAGGGGAACACAUAUCACUAAGGCUAUGUGUUUCUUAGGUGGGGGAACACAUAUCACAAGCAAUAUGUGUUUACCUGGGAAACACAUAUUACUAGGGGUAUGUGUUUCCCAGGUGGGGGAACAUAUAUCACUAGGGAUACUUGUUUUCUAGGUGGGGGGACACAUACUAGGGAUAUGCGUUUCCUUGGUAGGGAAACAGAUAUCACUAGGGAUAUGUGUUUCCCAGGUAGGGGAACACAUAUCAUUAGGGAUACGUUUUUCCCAGGUGGGUGAACACAUAUCACUAGGGAUAUGUGUUUCCCAGGUGGGGGAAAUAUAUAUUACUAGAGAUAUGUGUUUUCCAGGUAGGGGAACCUAUAUCAUUAGGGAUAUGUGUUUGUUAGGUGGUGGAACAUAUAUCACUAGGGAUACGUGUUUCCCAGGGGGGGAGGGGGGACACAUAUAACUAGGCAUAUGCGUUUCCCUGGUAGGGAAACACAUAUCACUAGGGAUAUUUGUUUCCCAGAUGGGGGAACACAUAUCACUAGGGAUAUGUGUUUCCCAGGUGGGGGAACGCAUAUUACUAGGGAUAUGUGUUUCCCAGGUAGGGGUACACGUAUCACUAGGGAUACGUGUUUCCCGGGUGGGGGAACAGAUAUCACUAGAGAUAUAUGUUUCUCAGGUAAGGGAGCAUAAAUCACUAGGGAUACUUGUUUUUUGGGUUGGGUAAGACAUAUCCCUAGGGAUAUUUGUUUCCUAGGUGGGGGAACACAUAUUACUAGGGAUAUGUUUUUUCCAGGUAGGGGAACAUAUAUUACUAGGGGUACGUGUUUCUCAAGUGGGGGAACACAUGUCACUAGGGAUAUGUGUUUCUAAGGUAGGGGAACAAAUGUUAGUAGAGAUAUGUGUUUCCCAGGUUGCAGGCGGGAAAAACCUUAAUGUAGCCGGUGAUAGUCCCGGUUGCCAGCGCAUUUUGACAAGCCUGGUAAUGGUAUGCUUUUUUUAUAUGAGGAAUAAGCUGAACCACUAGAUACUCUUAUCUUUGUUUUAUGUUUUUUGGUUCAGAGAAUAAGAACCUAUUUAAGAACCUAAACUAAAGUACCAUUUAUAUAAGAAGCUCUUUAGGCUACUUUGGUAAAAUCCAGGUCCUUAGUCGCGGUUUUUGCUGUAGAUGUGGCAGUCCAAGUAAACUAUGAUAAAAACUGCAGUCUUUUUCAAACAUUGGAGGGCGCGGGUUAUGUUGUAAUAACUAUUACAACAUAACCCGCGUGAAAAGUUAAGCACGGGUUUUUAUUGGCCAAUUUCCUAAUCACUAUUUGUUUAUAAAAGAUCGCUGAGAGUGCGUUCUGUUGUCCCUGAAAAGAUACGCGCGGUUACUCGUAGCCUAAAGUAGGAAAGUAUUAGUAAAGAUCUUUUCAACUUUCUGCUCACAACCAAGUCAUAGUUUUCCAAAUUCCGUGACCAUAUCUUGUUUGUUUCCGUACAGAAUCCAAAUGACAUUGCCUACGUGUUUUCAGGAUAUGCACCCCUGACUGUCAGACUGGCUCAGUUCUUAGCUCGGCCACAAGGCUGGAGAGGGCUAGAAGAGGUGAUAUUAUUGUCGCUUAGCUUCCGUAUUUUUUUAAACUUUCUUCACGUUUUAAAUCACUGAAUUUUCGCAUUUUGGGUGGUGGCUUACGGGAGGGUCAACUGUACCAACGAAACUAUCGCGACAUAGCUCCUCUAUUAUUUCCUUGUUCAUGCUUGAAGACUUUGUAUGAUGUUGCUAUUGUUGUUGAAGUUUCUGAAGUCCUGCUAAGCUGGUUUUCAACUUUUUAAGUAUCUCGUUCAGUCUCAGCUCCCUACCAACGAAAAACAAGUUAAAUAACAUGCAAACUGUACAUACCAUCACUCUGAAAGGAAGCUUUUGCUUGCUGAGUCGCUGGAGGCUUAUAUUUACAUAAGUCACCUGGCAGUGUGUUUCAGUGGUUUGUAGUUUAAUUCUCCUGUGAUUUCUGAUAAUUUCUGUGUUAUGCAAGGUUCUACGUUUGCUUCCUGGCCCUGCAGUUGAAGAAAUUCAGCGGCUUCCUCCUGGUCUUCAGAAAAGUAAGAAUGUAUUAAAAAACCGUUCAUUUUUCCAAAGCGGAAUUACCCAUGUUUUGCAUUGUUCACCACAUUUUAUUAUGACACGCUACUGAGGCCCUGUCAAAACGUAUCCGGAUAUUUUGAAAACGAAUAUUUUUUCUCCAUUUUCAAAAAAUACCCGUUCACACGUAACGUAUUUGAAUCGUUUUCGUCCGUCCACACGAAAGCGCUAAAACGAUGGAAAUAUGAUAACAUGCGUAAUGCUAGUGGUAUAUGAUGUAUUACAUCAUCGUAUUCGAAAACCUUAAUUUUCGUCUGUCCACACGUAAACGAGAAGCCGGCGUUUUCAAAAUCUCCCCUCUGGGGCGUGUUUUAACCUGCGUUAUUGGUGCUCUGAAAACGACGUUUACGUGUGCACGGAAGGCUAAUACGAAGAAAAAAAUCUUCGUUUUGAAAAAUAUCUGGAUUCUUGUGGACGGCGUCUAAAAUGUUUAACAUUUUUCUCUACUCUUGUAUUAAAGGGGCACCCACAAGUACAGACAGUUCAAUGGAAGGACCUUCCAAAGUAACUCUUAUUUAUUUUAUCGGGGGCUGUACUCACGCCGAGAUAUCUGCUUUGAGGUUCCUCGCACGACAGGAUAACAGUAAGUUUAUCGAAGAUCAUUCGUUGAAUACUUCAGUACUGUUCUUACGUGAGUUCGACUUUACGCUGAAAAAAGAUCCUAUCGUACGAAUUACACGCGCAACUCCAGAACAUAAGAUUGAUGCUAACAGUUAUUAUUUAAAGUAUUAACUAUAUAACAAAAUUCUCCAGUUUGAUUGGCUUUGAGAAACCCUAAUUCCGUGAAUAGGGCCUAAUGUUGAACGCUUUAUCGCGUGAACUAAAACAAGCACGUUGCACGCGAGUGCUUUUUUUCUUUGUCUGGGCAUCAAUCUCAAGGGGGGAGGCGGGUGGAGGGGGUUGUGUAUUACUGUUCGAAUGGACUUGAAGUAUGCCCCUUUUUUAGUCCGUGAACAGAAACGCGCAAAAUAAAAAUAUUGGCCUAAGUGCGUUCAUUCACCGUACUCAGCGUGUAAACGGCGUUCAUUCCCUGCACUAAUCUGAAGAAAAAUUGGACUGGUCGCAGUUUACUGUCUGAAUGUUUUUUUUUCUCUCCAAUUUUGGUAAUGUUGUGAUUAACUGGUAACAGAACCUCGUGUCAUCGAAUUCUGCUUAUAAUCAUACUUGUGAUUAAAUAAAUCAAGCAAGUGUGACUUGUAUAAUUACAGACCCAGCUGGACUCUGGUCAGUCAGGUUAGCGUUAUAAAUAACCGGAAAAAAAGCACUCUCUGGUUCGUGUCUUUUUUCCUUGGCGAGGUGGCUGGCGCUGUACUCUCCUGCCUGGGAUGAGUUUUAUUUGAUUAUUACCUCGUUUAUUUUGCUGUUUUAGGCCCCACAGACUACUUGAUAGCAACCACAAAGAUUAUUAACGGCAAGACAUUGAUCGAGUCCAUUAUGGAGGAGGGUGGAGCCCACGGUGGGAACCCUUUUACGUAACACUGGCCAUUCAAAUUGGCAAUUUGGACUGCUUAUUCCUUCCUUUCUGAGCGGCUUUACAGUGAUUUUAUCUAUCUUCCUUAACUACAAAGGUGUACUCUACAAAUUGGUUAAAGACGGUCACGUGCCCUCAGUUUAGUGGGUUCUUACAACUCGGGGGGAUUUCCACUGUUGCGCAAUUUUUACGUGCGUGUUUUUUGUUUUCGCGUGACCUUUAGUACAUUGCCUCUAUUUUAUUUACGAGCGUAAAAUUUACCUGCCUACUCUCGUAAAAAGUAAGCGACAGUUAAAAUCAACCUUUACACGCUUUGAGCGUUCUGAAGACGUCUUGUUUUCAAGGCAAACCCUCAUUGAUCGCGAGCGGAGAAUGGUCUGAAUAGAGGCACCAAGACUACUUGGCCAUUGAACUUAUUUUGAGUAGGUUAGAUAGGACAGAAGUAGAUCCCUUAGAAGUUACUUUAGCUGUACUUAAGCGAGCCUGUUCCGGGCGUUCAUAUGGUGGAGUGUCGCGCGACGUCAGAGAGAGAGCAGGAGAGGAGGAGAGAGUGGGGAACUCUCCCCCUUCCCCCAGCCUCUCGCCUAUCUUUCUGCUCACCUCUGUUUGCGUAGUCUUCUGUCGGAACGCCUGAAACAGGUUAUACUUAAGCUUUAUUAACUAGCAGGCUCCUCGAGCGGGAAAGAUCGGGUGAAUCCUGUUUUUCUGAUUAGCUACCCCUGCGGGCAAGAUGGGUCUUUGUUGCCCGCUCGGCUCGGGAAUCCCCGCUUUAGUCCCCCAAGAAAAAGUAAAUCCCUUAUUGAGUAGGUACUUAGGCUGCAUUGGUUAUGCAAAAUGAAAAAUUUUUAUAAAUAUUGUAAAUAAUAUUGCGUAC